AGUGAUAGCUGUGUGGGUAUAUUAUCAUGGUGGAAGUUCUUCCAUUUUAAUGGUUUGGAGUGCUGACUGCAGACUUGUCUGCAGUCCAUUCCUGUCCAGUCAGCAGCAAUACUUUCGUCCAGCUGCAUUCCAAAAAAUCUUCCCCUUCCCACUUGUAUAGACCAACAAAGUCAAUAGUAUCCCUAUCAUGCAGGGUACACCUUAGGGAGAUGAAGGAAAGCAAGAUGUGGCAAGUACAUAAAACACCACUCACUCCUUAUCUAUUAGGAGUCUUCUUGUUCUAGACAAAAUCCCUUGUCAGUAGAUGGCAAUUAGUCGUGCUAUACUGGUGGCUAUGUGCCUAUGGAGUACAUAUGAACUGUGAAUGUAGACUCAGUCUAGUCUACUCCUGUCACAUGAGCAUUGAUUUUGGUGCAAUUCGCCGUGUGGCAAGGGGCACCGCGUGGAAACUGUAGUAUGCUUUCAUUGUCACCUCUAGAGAAAAUGAAUCAUUAAUUAUGGUGCAAGUCGCCGUGUGGCAAGGGGCACCGUGUGGAAACUGUAGUAUGCUGUCAUUGUCACCUCUAGAGAAAGUGAAUUCGUACCAAGUAUGUGCUGUAGCCUGUAGGCUGUAGAUAAGGGCAGAAGAUGGACCAUGAAUAUCCACUUCCUUGCAGCCUUAGUUAACUAAGUAAUCUUCUGCACAACUAGGAUAGAGUAUCGACUCCCUUCAGUCCCUUGUGAGAGUAUUCGUGCAUCUUGCCAUCUAUCAUGGCGAGCCCUGGUGGAUUUCAUCGUUCAGUUACCCUGCAGGCCUUAUCUAUCUUCUCUUCACUUGCAGUUUUUGUAGCAGAAGUCCAAGGAGGAGAUGUGUGCGCACAAUUCUCCUGUGGACAUCUGCAAAACAUAUCGUAUCCUUUCUGCCGGAGAGGUGAUCCUCUCAACUGCUGUGUUGGAGCAUAUGAGCUGGGUUGUAGCAGUAGCAAGGCUACAAUUUACAUCAACUCAGGAACAUACUAUGUGACUGGCAUCAACUACACCGAUUCGUCCUUCUGGGUCGUGGAUGCCAGCUUGGAUGUCAAUAGUAGCUGUUCUCUUCCUUACUUAGGCUAUGGGGAGGAAAGCUGCCUAACCGAUUCACAAGGCUUUUGUGAUUUGACCACUAAUAGCGACAACUGGGCAUGCUUUGUUAAUUGCUCUCGAGCUGUAACGCAUAACAGUCAGUACAUGCCCAUUGCUUGCCUUAAUGCGAAGAAUUCACAUUUUUAUGUUUUGGUGGCUAAUUAUAGAGGCUGCAUUGUUGAAGAUCUUGAACCUUUUUGUGGAUAUUUGGCCAUGCGUCCCUUUGGUUCGUAUACCACCAGGCUACAGCAGAAUGCAAGUUAUGCAGAUAUCAUGCAAUUCAUAAGGAGAGGCUUUUCUGUUCAGUUUCCUGAAAUGCAUGCGGAUCCAGGUUGGCCUUCUGUCUAUGAAGCCAUCAAUAUAUGCCUGAACAAUUCAACCAGCUACUACAAGCAGCAAAUAUCCGGUGCAAACAUCCUCAACUGGACUCGUACCUUUUUCUGGGGCGAGACACAUUUCUUAAAAUGCAUAGCUGAAAACACCGACAGCAUGAUCUUCAUUGCAGUUGUUAAAGCGAUAAUAUCCGCUAUUGAUAUCCCCAAGUUCCUCAUCGUACUAUGCAGGUUUUUGUUGGCGCCCCUGUCUGUAUUGAUCUUCCUUGCCCAGAAGUAUUGGAAAACAAGGAUAACAAUUGAUGCAGUUGAGAAGUUUCUCCGAAUGCAGCAAAUGCUCGGUCCGAUGAGGUACGCCUAUACCGAUAUCACCGCAAUCACAGGCCACUUUAGAGAUAAAUUGGGGCAAGGGGGGUAUGGCUCUGUGUACAAGGGCGUACUGCUCCCAGGCGAUGUCCAUGUCGCUGUCAAGAUGCUAGCAGGUAACUCGAACUGUAACGCAGAGGAUUUCAUCAGUGAGGUCUCCACCAUUGGCAGGAUACACCAUGUCAAUGUGGUCCGUUUGGUCGGGUUCUGCUCAGAGGAAAUGAAGAGGGGACUGGUCUACGAGUACAUGCCUCGAGGUUCUCUUGACAAGUACAUCUUCUCGGAUGAGAAGUGUUUCUCCUUGGACAAGCUCAAUGAGAUUGCUCUGGGCAUUGCCAGUGGAAUCAACUACUUGCAUGAGGGAUGCGAUAUGCAGAUUCUACACUUUGACAUCAAACAGCACAACAUCCUUCUUGACAGCAAUUUCACCCCCAAAGUUGCUGAUUUUGGUCUUGCCAAGCUGUGCCCAAGGGGCGACAAUUUUGUGCCAUUAAGUGCCUUACGAGGAACCGUUGGGUACAUUGCUCCUGAGAUGAUAUCUCGGGGCUUUGGUGUCAUAUCAAGCAAGUCCGAUGUUUACAGUUUUGGAAUGCUGCUGCUGGAGAUGGCAGGAGGAAGGCGGAAUGCAGAUCCAGAUGCACCGAACUCAAGCCAAGCAUAUUACCCAUCGUGGGUGUAUGACCGUCUGACUGAGCAGGAAGCGGGUGAGAUAUCUAUUGUUGAUGACAUGCAUGAGUUGGAGAAAAAGCUAUGCAUCAUUGGACUGUGGUGCAUUCAGAUGAAGUCCCAUGAUCGCCCGACAAUGAGCGAGGUUAUAGAGAUGCUUGAAGGUGGUGCCAACAGCUUGCAAAUGCCUUCCAGGCCAUUCUUUUGUGACGAAGGGCACAUUCAUACUGAUGAUACUUACCAUUUAUCGUCUGAGUUGACUGAAAUCUCCGAGGAGGAUGACUGAAAAAAAUAUGUGUGAUGUAAUACAUGAGGUGAUGCAAUUUGCUCCUGAAAGGCUGAAAAGCUGAAGUAAUGGUCAUAGCUGUAGCGAGUAUGUUAUUAAUCUACCAUGUGUGUUCUGAUUCCUGUGAACUUCUUAUUGCACAAUCAUGUAUUCUUCCUGGAUGGCCUGUAUUAUUUGGAAAUAUUAUUAGGUGAGUUAUUGCUUGCAAAAUUUGGAGUUAUAUUUGCAGUUCUGUGCAAACAUUGUUAGCAUGAAUAUAGCAGGCGAUCUAAUAUGUGCACUAUGGGUGCUUGUAAUGGAAACAGAGAGGAAGCAUGGUCUAAGGAAUUCAGAGUACUUGGUCUGUAAUCUUAUCCUUCAGCUGCUGCUGAUCUUUAACUGCUUAUUAAAACUUUUGUACUGGUGUAUAU